CCGAGACCUCAUUACUACCUCAGAGAAACAGGAGGAAGAGCAGCAAACAAUGGCACCUCCAGAGCUACCGUUCGACGUCAAGUUCCAGCGCAUGGUGGAAGCAACUCUGGUCCAGGACCGGAAUCACGCUGCCGCGCUUACUGCCUUAGACACGCUCACAACCCUACUCUCCAAUGUACUCAGUCACUCGACCGAACCAAAGUUCCAUUCAUUUCGCCUCCAAAACAAGCGCAUCUCGGCCUUGAUGUCCAAUCCGCACGCCUCGACGCUCCUGUUGUUUAUCGGGUUGCAAACACGUGUCCGCGAGUUUCAGGAGACUUGGUAUUUUCCCGAAGGCUUGGUCGAGAAUACCGAAAGGUUGACGACGGCGAGGGAUAUAUGCGAAGGCUACAUGAAGACGAUCAACGAGAAAGCCGAAAAGCAGGAACGAGGAGUUAAAAGCAAACUCGAGGAGGAGAGGAGACGGAAGGACGAGGUCUUGAGGAUGAUUGAGGGAGAUCGUUUGGAGAGGUGUAAGAAAGACGAAAACAAACUACCGCCAAAGUUUCCGGCACGAUCUCCAGGAACCGACGUAAAGAGGCUCAAAUGAGCGAUCAUAUGGUCUUGGCUCGAUAUAAUGAUGUGGUCAGAGGAGCAGCUUGACUUUCGAGCACAUGUUGCCAUCCGCCCACUCCCGCAAGCAAUGUCUCCACCGCCCUUGAGAAAUCCUUGAUGCACGGGCAGCGAGCGCUUGUUUUUCAUCUUCGAUUUGGGCGUAUCAGGCAUCAGAAAAGCGUGUUCGUUAGGCCUUUCGAGAUGGUUUGUAAAUAGCGUCGUAAAUCAUUGAAGAUUUUGGAAUAUACCCUGUUUGAUACGUAGGCGGUAGCCUGACCAUUCAGUAUGUAUCAUUGUCAUGUUCAAUGAA